AUGCGAGUGAUCUCUACUCUGAGUGGACAGGAGCCAAGUACGAUAUUUGAACGUUACACUGAUUUUCUUGACCAUAUAUUAUUUGAGGAGCACAAAAUAGAUCGUGCCAACCCGAUCCUUGUUAAACGCAUCAUGGAGUUGACUUCCUUCCCUCCACAAUGUCCAAGUCCACCACUCAAAUUAAGUAAAAGUCCUCUACGCUCCAUUCAGCAACAAGUGCAGACUCUGGAAUUCGUAACAGCACAGAGCACUCCAAAUCCACGGCACUACUCUCUUCGCAACGACUCUGUAAUGCAUUUGUCGCACUCCCUGGAAGUGCCUUCAGAGCGUGCUUUGGAGGGUGAAUCACUAGUAGGCAGGGGGAGAGAUUGGGACAAAUUUAACUUGGCUUCUUGGUGGGAUGUAGAGUCUCGAAGAGGUAGGGAUUACUUGGAGAUAACAAGAGAAUCUGGUGGUGAUUUCUACGCUGCAAUAACAGACACCACAACCUCAGCCUAUGAGGAGACUGAAGACCUUGACGACGAUGAUUUUGACCCUGAUAAUGACGAGAUAAUGGAUUUCAACCCCCUUGUUGAAAUGCCUGAAUUGGUGAUCAAUAAUGCUGGUGGAGAUGGAAAGUUUUUCUCCCAACCUCUAGGACCCGAUUGCUUUCUUUUGGCUAAAGUUAGCUCCAAUGGAGUUAACAAAAAGGUACUUGAUACUAGCACAGCCACGAUGCAAAAUUUACAAUCCAAACAAACGCUUGCCAUGGUCACAAGUACGAGUUCAGAUGGAGGAUGGCCAAUUCUACGCAUGGAGUCUUCCUGCAGUCUUGGAAAAACGUCGGCCAUUGCAAUUUCAUCAUCAGCGAGUGCUGAUAGCGACAACCUUGGGUCAAACCCCACUGACCACCUCAGUGGUCCCCUUUCAAUUGUUGACCAAAGUGCAGCCCCUCACUCCAAUGUUCGACUGGUUUCAAGUGAUCGCAGUGCCUCACAAAAUUCACAAAUAAAAUUAAAAUAG